CGUCAUGCGGAAGUUGAUAGGAUUGCGGAAGUGUGCAGCGGAGUUGGGUCGCUGGAGUGACACCAGAGUGAAACCGGAGAAACGGGUCUUCACUGGGCCCGAAGCGGUUCUGGUUCGGAUCCCCUCUGCAUGUCACAGCCGCGGGAGCCUCGGGUCACUGCUCGGUUCGGUGAGGACCAACAUUCACUUCCUGUUUGAGCCGUUUGAAACUCGGCGGCUGGCGGAGCUAAGUUAGCUGCUAACGCUCCGUGGCACAGAAACAGUGGAACAGCUCCAUCCCUUAGAUCACAGGAGGUUCGGAGGAAGACGCGAGAAGACUGUUCGGGGUUGAGUGGUCAUGAUGGCGGAUCACACGGAUGUCAGCCUGCUGCCGGAGGAGCGGGUCCGUGCGCUCACCAAGAAGGGAAGCACGGUGGAGGUUAAUGACUACGUGCCGCUGCGCCGCUACUUCCGCUCCGGCAUGGAGAUGAUCCGCAUGGCGAACGUCUACACAGACGAGGGCAACAUCGAGCACGCCUUCGUCCUGUACAACAGAUACAUCACGCUGUUUAUAGAAAAACUUCCCAAGCAUCGUGAUUACAAGACGGCGAACGUUCCCGAGAAGAAGGACACACUGAAGAAACUGAAGGAUGUUGCAUUUCCUCAAGCAGAGGUUCUGAAAAAAGGUCUUUUGAGGAGAUUUGAACAAGAACACGCACAGUAUCUUGCCAAAAAGAAAGUGGCGGAUGAGGCCCUGGUGCAGGAGCAGUCGAAGCGGCGAGCGCUGGACGCCGAGCGGGAGCGCGUGGCCGAGAUGCAGCGGCGGCAGCGGGAGCAGGAGCAGUUCAGUGCCUUUGAGGAGAUGAUCCGCCGCCAGGAGCUGGAGAAGGAACGCCAGCGCGUGCUCCUUGAGUUCGCCACACCCAGCAUGCCCCCCCCUGAAACGCCCCUCCUUCCAGGCAUCCAGGGCCCCCCGUUCGUCCCCCCCACCGUCCCGCAGAGCCUGGGGGACAUGUCCAGUGGCACCGACCACGAGUACAACCCCCCUUCAACCGUCGGUACACCUGCCACCGCCCCGCCCACCUUCGACCGUGCGCUCAAGCCCGGGUCUCUGGUCAGCCCAGGGAACAAUAAUACAAUGUCGGAUGCCGUUCGGCAGUUGGCGGUUCCUGCUGAGCUGUGCCGGAGCUUUCUGAGGUUGGCCGAGGCCAACACCAGCCGAGCUGUGGAGACCUGUGGCAUCCUGUGUGGCAAACUGACCAGAAAUGCGUUUACUGUGACACACGUCAUCGUUCCGAAGCAGAGCGGUGGACCCGACUACUGUGACACGGAAAAUGAGGAGGAGCUGUUUCUCAUACAGGACCAGUACGAUCUCAUCACCCUGGGCUGGAUUCAUACUCACCCGACACAGACGGCCUUCUUGUCCAGCGUCGACCUCCACACACACUGCUCCUACCAAAUGAUGCUGCCAGAGGCCAUCGCUAUCGUCUGCUCGCCCAAGUUCAACGAAAUCGGCUACUUCAGUUUGACGGACCGAGGAACAGAUGAGAUCUCCACGUGUAAAGAGAAAGGCUUUCACCCUCACAGCAAAGAGCCCCCUCUAUUUACACACGCGGGACACGUCACCAUCACCAAUGACACUGUGUCCAUGAUGGAUUUGCGGUGAUUUGGUUUCUGCUUUCCACCAGAAGACUCACUGACUGUUUUAUCAAAUGAAGACUGGACAAAACACUUGUUUUAUUGUCGGGACGGUACCGAGCAAAUGCCGCCCACGAGUUUACCAUUCAUAUGGACUUCAGUUGUUCUCCAAAGGAACAACAACGUGAACUUAUGUUUUUGCUCUGUCAGAAAACCAAUCUACAUAUUACUGCACUUUUUGAGCAAAAACGACUUCAACCCACAUCAUGGACUCGUCAACCUCUGGCUCUUCAACCCCCUUCGUCUGUGUGAACAUGUGCUUUACUUCCCAUUCAGAUUUUUGUUUUAUAAAUAAAAAUGUGUUUGUCAGUAACAGGUAGCGUCUGGUAACUCAGCCUUUGUUCCGUUAUUGUAAAAGUUUGGUCCUGCCUGACUGAUAAAGUGCCACGAAGAGAAGGUUCACUGGUCGAGUUGUUCAUUGUGCAACGUGACGUUCAGUGUAAAGUCUAAAGUUUGUAAUCAAAUCUUUGUUCUUUUAAUAGACUGUAAAUAUAGAUGGACGACGCGGCCCCACUUCCUCCCACUGUACAUAAAAUACAGCCCAAAUAUCAGAGUAUAUAUAAAUAUGAGAGCGCUGCCGUUUUGUGCUUUUGACGUCUUUGGAACCAGAGGCUGGUUCAAAGUUUUUUACCGCUGCUGGUGCCAAGUUUUAGUUUGAAAGCUCCGGGGCUGCGUUUCAGUCUGGAUGAACAGAAACAGAUGUUUGGAAACGAUGACGCUCACAACCUCUUGCUGAUUGGUUCUUUUCGGUCGCGACGUAGCUUUCAUUCGUCAGGCUCCUGUCACAUGACUCCCAGCAUCAGCCUCAGCUACCAGAGUAGAAACAACAUGGAGAAUCAAUCACAAGUGUUACUGACCCUGUCGUCUUUGCUAGCAGCUGUUCAGUCUAAUUCUGUAUUACAAUGACACAGCUGUUUACAAGUGGAGGAGACGAGCUGUUAUUCAAGCCAUUCCCAGCCUGAUGCACAUGCCCAGUGUAUGUGAGGGGUCACGUGAUGUGCGUCUUCAGGCGUGUUGGCGAUCUACAUGUUUUGGCUUCACUUUGUGGGAGCUGUCGUGUCGUCCAUCUUUAUUUACAGUCUAUUGCUCACUUGACUCACAAGAUGAUCCGAGUGAGUGAUGAGAGAAGCCAGUUGUAACUCAGGUUUGGCGACAGUGUUGCUGCUCUGUCUUAUAUUUUUAUAAAAACACAGCAUCACUUCACAGCAUCCUUUAUUAAGACGAGGGUUUUGUUUGAAGUUCACUUCCUGAUUACAAUGGAUCCUCCUCCUCCACGUUUCUCUUGUCUUUGUGUUUUGGGGGAAGAGAAGUUUGAAGUUUGAAGUACCUGUCGAACUCGUCCCGACACCCGACACACGACCGGUCAUCUGAAUGUACCUCCUGCUCCACGUCACUAACCGUUCAUGCCACUCCAGGUUUUUGUCUGCUCGCUUCUCUUGUCAGAAGAAGUCAAUGAUUAGCCAUAAUUGUGAGAAUCCCCUUAAUGAAUGAAAUGCCAAGACAAAAUAAACGUAUAGAUUCA